AUGAACAUUAUCGACAUAGUGCCUGAGCUUUUUUCAAGUGUUUCCCCAUCACAACCUGAGGCUGAGAAGAGGAUUUAUUAUUGUCAAAGAUGCCUAAAUCAUGGACUGCGUUUACAGCGUAAAAAUCACAAGCAGGUGUGCCAGUUCCGGCAUUGCCCGUGCUCGGAUUGUCAGAUGGUCGACCGUCGUCGAGAGUUGAACUCGAGACUCUUGCAAAUGGAGAUUUCUCCACCACAACCAUUGGUGCCUGCAUUGGUGCCCGCAUUGGUGCAAGUUCUCUCGAUCUCAUCCACUUCUUCAAUUUCCUCUAAUUCUUCCGAAAGCCUUUCAGAAGGACCGCUCAACCUCUCAUGUGCUUCAUCAGCUGCCAGUGAACUCUCGAGUCCUCCACCACCGAAUCUCCUCGAAUCACACGACUCACCCGGGAAAAUAAAAGAGCGCCGUCCAAAUUGUCAGCGUUGCGCACAGCACAAUCUCGCAAAUCGCCUUAAAGGACAUAAACGCGUGUGCCCGUUUCGUGAAUGCAUUUGUGCAAAGUGUCUGGUUGUGGUUGAGCGGCAACGUUUGAUGGCCGAUCAAAUCAAGUUGAGGCGACGACAGAAAAAGGAGAAGCUGUCGCUGCAAGAGAGACCCGUUUCUGUGUCACCUCCAAUACAAAUUGAACCAGUUGUAUGCCCAAAAUGCACCCAGCAAGCGAUCUCGUACUCACAACUUUUGUGUCUUCUCGAUCCUUGUUCUCCAAUCGAACCACUCGCCACACUAUCAGUUCUUCUUCAAAAUUGUCAACAUAAAGAAGAG